UUUCGCACGCGCCCCACACACGUAUUUAAUCGACGGAGUCGCCGCGUGCGCUGCGGAGCUGGCGUUCCCCGUCUGCAUUCAAUCUACGCUGAAGCACGGCCAGAAGCGCGGGUUCCACGGACAUGCGCAGCGCGCUCACAAACCCCUCCCCCCCGGUUCAGUUAGUUAAGCCGGCGCUGAUUCAAAGCAUCACUCACUUCAGGACGUUAGACAUGUGACACUUUAACACCUUACAGUGUGCUGUUUGCAAACUGUUGUGGCACAUGUGCGGAGGGCAAUGUCCCUCUGCAGCACUCCCUUUGUCACACUGUAGAGCCGGUGUGUCUCUGCUGUGCUCUGUGCUGUGCUCGGUUUGGGGUUUAGAGAGACCGAGCUGUAAGUAGGUCGGGCUGGGCUUAAGCGGCUUAGCUACGUCAGCCUAAGCUGGGAGGAAUUCAUCCAAAGCCCUCCGCGGUAGGCGGGGGCCUAAACGAGGCUGGCCUAGUUAAGCCUGAUUCUUAUUGUGUGCAGCACAGCCUGUUUUUGUUGUGCAACGUAGCUGAGAGGGAGUCCAGGAGUAGUGUGAGAAUCCAUGCACUUGUUAGACAUAGCCUAUGUUUGAUUUGGAGAGGAAGAAGACGAAGGGGGGAAAUGUGACAUGUAUCUGAGUUAGACCAGUGUUGGUGUGUCACCGUGGACCAGGAGAAGAGAGCGGCGGGGACUGAAAAAAAGACAGGUGGGAAGAGUGAGGAGCCCACACCACUGAGUGUGGUUACUAAAGGGUGACAGCCAUAGGCCAGACUUGGUCUGCGUGAGCCCAGUAUGCUAGAAGAUGGCAUCCAGCUCUGUGUUUUUGUCCAGUAUGGUGGGUAAAGCCCGCUCCUCCAACUUCACCCUCUCUGAGAAGCUGGACCUGUUGAAGCUGGUCCGGCCUCACAUCCGAAUCCUGGAGGAGCACACCAACAAGCACGCGGUCAUCGUGGACAAGAACAAGUGCUGGGACACUGUUGCUGAACAGUACAAUGCCCUGGGAGGAGACAGACCCCAUCGCACAGCUCAGGGCCUCCGGACCCUCUACAAGAGACUGAAGGAGUCAGCCAAGCAGGAAGUGAUGCAGAGGAGACACGCCCAGCCAGAGUACAGAGCAAGCAUCUCCGAGCCAACCAGGAGAAUUAUGGAGAUGAUCCCUCACCUGUUUCACCACGUGCCCAUCCACGAAAAGGACCAGGCGCUGCGCAGAUUAAUAUACAGCAAGCACAACUCUCCCAUCGAACAUCCUGGCAGCAGCUCCUCUCUGGCUGGACUUCAGGAUUACUCCGCAUCUGUCCCAAGUAUCCCCCAUGAGGUGGUCCAGCUGGACGCUGAAGAGGAUGUAAAACCACCGCCAGACCUUCCCAUCCUCCCAUCGCACACAGGACCACGGCUGGAAGGGGGCCAGGAGCGAGAGGGAGAGCAGGACUUGGGCAGCAUCCAUGAUUAUGAAGCGUCGUUAUCGCCGGCUCCUUCCUCCAACAUCCCUCUUUCCACCUCGCCGCUGCCCUUACGCCAUGAGCUCUACCCCAACGACAUCUACCCUCACCAUGAGCCGGACAGGUUUCGGCCUCUGCACCUGGCCAAAGAGGAGCACGAGCUGGUGCUGGCCAAUCACAGGAAGGUGGCCCUGUACCUGGAGGAGAAGAGAGAGGGGCUGAAGAGGAAGCAGGAACUGGAGGAGGAACUGCUGCGAGCCAAGAUCAAAGUGGAGAAACUGAAGGCAGCCCGACUGAGACACGGACUGCCCGUUUCUCUAUAACAAGUAUCGACAUGCACUUCUGUGGUCACUGUGAGAAAGGGAGGGGCUCUGAGUAGUACAGUUUUUUUUAAAAAAAAAAAGAAAGAAAGAAAGAAAGAAAGAAAAGAGCGCUUUGGAGCAGUCACCUAUUUUGUUUUAUUUUGGUUGUGUGAGGUCAGUUUCAGGACUUGACUUUCUUUUGGAAACAUAGUGCCUCGUACACACACAGAUAACCUGUUUACGUCCUGCAGGCUAAUUAGGAUAAUAAGGUCUGCUGCCAUCCGUCUUUGUUUGUGCUUGUCUGUGUUAAAAAUGCAUCAUCGUGUCCAUGAGUACCAAAAGUGGAGACAAACAUCUAUGUAAUAAAACAAAGCUGACAUCGGUAACACUGUGACAGGCCAAUAUGUAUAAAAGUCCAAAUUUUGGAAGGGAAUAUUUGUAGUAUUGACUGAUAACGUACCUCAGUGGUGCUCUUCCUGCCUACACCUACCACUAGUCUCUAAUUACAGGAGUGCCAGCAAGGCAUUAAUGAUCUUUAUUGUCUAAGAUUGUUGGAAAAAUAUGAAUGUAAGAGUUAAAGCACUUGAUGUCAGUGGGAGCGACGUGUUGUUAUCUCUGUGUAAAGAACAUUUCCACCCAUUCUGGCAUCUGUAGAAAUCCACUUUCCACUAGAGGUUUUGGUUAUCAAAACAGUUUUUGUAGCCGCUUUUAUUCAUUCUGUAGACUUCCUACAAAAACCAUUCAUGUCGCCACAAGAGAGCACUCCAGUAGCAAAUUCUAGAGAUACCAGGACUGAAGCACAAGGUAAACUUUUGAAGGCCUUAAUCUGUUAUUGUGAUAACAAAAACGUUCGAGUGAGUAAUUCUCGCUGGUUGCUGAACUGUUGGCCGGUUGCGCGAACAAAAGAAGGGAGGGGCCCUGAUGGUUUUUGGUGUUACUGCUAUUUAUUGUGAGUUCAACAUUGAUUGUAUUGUACUGUUGUUAUACAAGUGUUGUCCAUUUCUCUUACUGUUUGUCUAUGCAUUCAUGUGUUUCUAUUAAAAAGAAGAUCCAUUUUC